AUGGCGCAGCAAGCCCGACAGAGAGGAGCACGAGAAGCCCACGUGCAGCUUGACGAGCCCCGCGAACGCGGUCGUGCGCUCGACGCCGACCGGCGGCUCGUCGCUCCGGCGGACGCCUCGGGGCAGGUCGCGCACGGCGGCGGCCCCGUCGUGGUCGACGACGAGUACGACACCGAGAUCAAGAUCGGCGAGGCGCUGGAGAUGGCGGCGAGGGCAGUCGGGGACCAGCCCGUGCGCGGGUCCGACGCGGCGGCUAUACGCGCCGCGGAGGCCCGCGCGGGCGUGGCCGCCGCCGCCGCCGUCCCCGGCGGCGUCGCCGAGCAGGCGCAGGCGGCGGCGGACUCAAACGCCGGGGGCUCGCCCGGGGAAGCCAAGGUGACCAUCGCCGACGUCCUCAGGUGGAACGCGACGGCGAUGCUGUCGACGGAGAAGGCGGUGACGGAGGACGACACGGCGGCCGUGGCGGAGGCGGCGGCGAACGAGCCCGGCCCCGGCGGCGGCGCGGCGACCAGAGCACACGGGGUGAGCGCGGCGCUGGCCGCGGCGGCGAAGCACAACCGGGAGGACGCCGAGUGCCAGUCGAAGAGGAGCACGCAGCCGCGGGCAGCCGACGAACGCACGGCCGCUCUGGCCGAGCAGUUCGGCAAAAUCUAG